GAUUUUCCAUACAUUGAUAAACGAAUAAAAUUCUCCGAUAUCUCUAGUCGUUGGGCGGCAAAUGCCAUGGUUGUGUGUGUGUGUGUCUGCGACAUGGUCCCGUCCGCAGGCGUCCUCGCUGCAUCGCUCCUUCCCUUCCCUCCAAACGGGCUACAAACAAACAAACCACGCCCGACACCCACUCUCCCUCCUCUCCAUGGCUGACUUGGCUUGCGCUCGCGAAACCAUGAUAUCCAUCCCGGGUCUUGUCAUUCCGUACCACUUCGCGGUAUCCCUUAGCCUACUCCAGCAUUUACCUUUGUAUUGAACAAAUGGAGGAAAACCACGGAUCCUGGGAGCGAGGAGGGCGUCUCCGCAUGGUGCAGGGGGUGAAAAGCACCGUGGCGCCCGCAACGCAUGCUUCAAAGGCGAAGGCGCAGGCGAAAGCGAAGGCGAGAUCUCCGAUCAACCAGAAGAAACGUGUUCCUGUCGCGGUAAAGAAGGGCGCUAGGGCGAUGAAAGUGGCGAAGGUGAAAGCGCGACAACGAGCAGCUGCGACGUGCGAGCGGGGACGACAACGACAGCGGCAGGGAAGUGAGAAAAGAGAGAAUGCACCGGUUGCAAAGCGACAGCGAUCUUCAGAGGAACCUGAACCUGAACCCGCUGCGGUGGAGGCCAAUUCUAGUAGUAACUCUGCCCUGGAAGCAGAAUCCGGGGUGCAGCAAAUCCCUUCUGGCGCGGCCGCUCCACAAGAUGGGCCGCAACAGGCCCAGUCCCGUAGCUCUUCUGAGCAGGACGUCCCGCUGACUCCAGACCAGCUUCUCCACCGAGUCGGCAAAAGGAUCGGAGAGCGUAAACAAACCAAACCGAGGGCAGCAGUCCGCCACUGGGUCAUGACUGACGGCUGGCCCGAUGAGGCCAUUGAGCCGGAAAAGAAUGAAGUCCAGCCUUGCCAGUCCAGUGUCCGAGAAGAAGGGGAUGCCGAGGACGAUGGUGAGGGCCAGGCACCUCCAGAGCAGGAUGGUGUUACUUCAACUCCGACGCCAACAGAAAAUACCGAGAAUUUCCCACACAGAAGCCCUCAUUUCCAAUCAUUCCUCAAGGCUCGGGGGGUCGGGCUCUGGGGACAUCCAGACGGCGUUGUAGAAGAGGACAUUGCAGUCUAUCGGAGCCUGUUUGAGCAUGACUGCGAGACUCCCAAAGACACCAUCUUUGACAAUAGCAGAAUCUUCGACUACUUGAGUGACAAAUUGCAUACCCGGAGUAAACGGGAACUCGUCCUGCUCGUGUCGAAGUUGCUCAUUCCCCCAGCCCCCGAUGAGCUAUGGGGCGGAAGCGCCCGCCCUAUCCCGUUGGUUGAUAGCAGAGAUGCAGCCUGGGACUGUUCGUUGGCUCUAGAUGCAGAAGAGGGACAAAGAGAGGGAAUGGAAGAGGGGGAGGACGAAGGAUAUGCUGCCCGCCUCUUUCGAGCCAGGAUACCGCGCCCACACUACUCUGUCGGAUUUCACUCUACUGCAUUCACACUGACGCAACGCGAUAAGCUCCAGCCCUUACUCGGGGGUCUGUUCGAUACAUCAUGCUUUAAAGGAGCCAUCCACAUGCUCUUUCCAUUCUUCACGGCUGAAGCAAAGGACCCCGAUCGACGUAUUGAAGAAGCAGAGGCCCAGAACGCACAUGCCAUGGCGCUUGCUCUCCGCGGCGUCGUCAGGCUGUUCCAACUCACGAACCGCAAACAGGACAUUCAUCGACGGAUACUCGGGUACUCGAUUGCGUUUAAUCAUUCUUCCGUCCGGAUCCAUGCGCAUUAUCCCUUCUUUACUGAGGCAGCGAGGGGAGAUUCCCAGUCAGAGUCAUCCUCCCGGACAGAGGUCUCCUACUACCGCAAAACCCUCCGCAAAUUCGACUUUACGGACCCAAGCGGCAAAGAGCGCUGGACCUCGUACAAGUUCGUCAUGGCGCUGUAUAACGAGUGGGUUCCUGAGCAUCACAAGAGACUCUGUGCCGUGAUCGAUGCGCUGCCAGAGCGAGAGGACCCUGAGUUUAGUCUAGGGAGUACCGUUCUGGAUUUUGGAGACAGCGACGAUGCAGAAUGA